AUGGCGUCUAAACGUACCUAUUCGCGGCACAACAUGUCGAUCGCAGAACCCGAACUGAGGGCCUCUGACCCCGACAACAUUCAUCACGAGGCAAACAAACGCCGAAAACCGACACCACCGUCACCCGUAGGCCCGAUGCCCCAAUCGCAUGUAUUGAACGGCGGCGGCCGUCCGCGGAGCAUGAAGCAGAAGAGUUCAUCCGAAAUGUUGCAGAAGAAUAACAGCAAGAAGCGUUUCAGCGGGCCGACCACUUUGCCAGGGGACGAGAUGGAUCCCGACGACUCUGAACAAAAGACUGACCCCUUCGACUCCGUCCUCGCAUUGGCGCAGACUAGACAGGCGCCACAGCAGCCGCGCGGCUCCAUCUAUGGCGGCGGACGCACCGUGCUCAACUCCAUCUCAGCCCAGCUCAAGAGCCGCAAGCGCGAGAAGAAGAAGGAAACUCAAGUUCACUUCAGUGACGACUUAUCCGUCGAUGGCGGAAUCCAAUUUCCGCCGCACGGCGAAUCUGAGAUACCUAGUCUCGGCUCAGACGACUUGGACUUCCCAAUGGAAGGCUCGCCUGCCGUGAACGUUACCAUGCGCGGUGGCAGCGCCCUGAACGCGGCCGAGGCUUCCGCUCGUGUCUUCAACGGACGACAAUACAGCGCACCCCAGACCGCUCCCCCGCGGAGGACUUUGUGGGGCGUCAGGAUGCAGACAGACUCUGCAGAGGCUCUGGGAUGGUCAGCAAACCAAACCAACGCAUCGCUCCUGCGCCUACCCGCCAACGUCCGCCGAAGGAUCUACGACUACGCUCUCGGGGGCAACUCGAUCGAAUUCGGACAUGUGACGUACCUCGUGGAGAAACGGGCGGGUCGCCCAAACCGAUGUGUUCCCUACUUCCAGUACACCAGCAACGUGUAUGACGACCGACGCAACCCGUUCCAGGGAUUCAAGACCUUUCUCAAAGACAAUCCUCGCGUGGAAGGCAUGACGCUGCUGAAUGGUAUCUGUCGGCAGCUGUACUACGAGACAUAUACAUUGCCUUAUGCGCUCAACGACUUUUACUUCAACUCUGGCAACGCCCUCUUCAACUUUCUGGUUAAAGAGGACCGUCUACAGCCGCAGCAGUGUCAGGCUAUCAAGUCCAUCGUCAUACUGCAUAGACUGCCUGCGCCAGCUGUUCUUGAGAAGCUGUCCAACUUGGAGCACGUACUCUUGAUGGCCGCCGACGUCCCCAUGGCAAACGGUCACUACAAGGUGGUAAGGGGAAGCGGCGUUGCUGAUGGGAGAACCCGUGGUGACUUCGCUGCUCAACAUCCAAGCGGAGUCCAACUCGUCAAAUACCAGCCGACAUCCAAGCUGACCAAGCCUACGAUCAGGGGUGGUCAUGGGUACGGUAAGUUCACCCACCCAUAUGCGAGAAGGUAG